GGGUGGCGGGGGGCGGCGCGGGGGGCGGGCGGCGCCCACGCAGCGCCCGCCGCGCCUUGUCGCCCGCCCAGCGCCAGUCAGCAAGUGUGGCUCGUGUUGGCUGAACCAUCUGUAGGGCCAGCCUAUUUUCUUUCCGUAGGACCUUUAACAAAACUACAGAAACACAAUGGCGGAUGAUGAAAAAAGGCGUCUCGAGGAGGCGAAGAAGGCCAAACAGGCCGAAAUCGACCGCAAGCGCGCUGAGGUGCGCAAGCGUAUGGAGGAAGCCUCCAAGGCCAAGAAGGCGAAGAAAGGUUUCAUGACCCCAGAAAGAAAGAAGAAACUUAGGUUGCUCCUGCGUAAAAAAGCCGCUGAGGAAUUAAAGAAGGAACAAGAGCGUAAAGCCGCGGAAAGAAGACGUAUCAUCGAAGAGAGGUGUGGUAAACCCAAAAACGUUGAAGAUGCUAACGAAGCGGAACUGCAGACGUUAUGUCAAAUGUACUGGCACAGAAUAUACAACCUUGAGGGGGAUAAAUGGGAACUAGAACGAGCUAUUCAAAUUAGGAAAUUUGAGAUCUCCGACCUCAACUCUCAAGUAAAUGACCUCAGAGGCAAAUUCGUCAAACCAACACUAAAGAAGGUAUCAAAAUACGAAAACAAAUUCGCCAAGCUUCAGAAGAAGGCCGCCGAAUUCAACUUCCGUAACCAGUUGAAGGUGGUCAAAAAGAAGGAAUUCACCCUCGAAGAAGAAGACAAGGAGAAAAAACCAGACUGGUCAAAGGGCAAGCCAGGCGACCAGAAGGUAAAAGAGGAGGAGGUUGAGGCAUGAAGUGUUCCCACACCAUGUGACACUCGCCGAUACACCCACAACACACCUUAAGACUUUCCGACACGGUGUAAACACAACACCAUACAUUUUUAUAAUUAUUUAUUGAAUAUUUUUUGUAAGUUAAUGCGAUAAUAAAUUAAUUUGUCUA